GAUUCGUCAGGCGGCAUUGGCGAAAACCGGGCGCACUGUUGCCAGACUAUUUCAAAUGUAAACAGAAAACGCGAAGAUCGGUCCCGGUAAAAAACGUAACGGCGUCUGCUCUGAAACUUCUUCAAAAUGUCUAACCUAUUAACGAAAACAAGAAGCCUUCUUGCAAGAUAUAGAGGUGUCCAACUUUAUGGGGAUAUUGUGAGACUGCAACAAGUUCGCUAUCUUGAGGUUGGGCGCAAGGGGACAUACAUCGCUAAGAAAAUGCCAACCACAGCCAAACUAGAAGCAGGCAAGAAAUACUGGUGGUGUAAAUGUGGCCUCAGUAAGAAACAGCCUUUUUGUGACGGCGCUCACAAGCCGACCAAAUUCAAACCUGUGAUGAUCAUGGUCGACAAACCCAAGACGGUUCUACUAUGCCGAUGCAAGCAGACCAGCAAAGAGCCCUACUGUGACAUGACUCAUGUCGGAGUCAUGUUCUCAUCCUUUGGUAAACGACUGGGGCUUGUCAAGUAAACUCAGUUACAGUCAUGGUGCUUUUGCAAAAAACAGAAAGGAAAAAACACCUUUAAUUCCUGUGGUGUUUUUUGUAGUUUGUUGAAACUUGUGUACAUGAAAUGUGCCUUGUGGAUUCAAGUUCUAAUACAGAUGCAGCUGACAGGAAACUGUUCAAGUAGAGAAAGUAGACCAUUUAGGAAUACAUGUUAGACUAGUUCGGAUUAAAUGGUAAACAAGUUGAAUAGCUUGUCAGAGGUGCUUGGUUUUACUUCCAUGUGAACAAUUUGUGUCGAAUAAUCUCUAAACUUGGGUCUUUUUGACCAAGAUCAUAAAGAUCAGUUUUAAAUGGUGUGUGGUGAUAUCCUUUUUAGUGGGGCUGCAUUCCAGACAAGUUUGCCAAAAUUGGUAAACCUUGGAAAAGCAUACUGAUUUUAAUUGGUAUAAAUGGUACGACGCCUUGGAUGUACAUGUAUGUAUGUUUUGUGUGUCUUACAAUAUUUCCAUGAUGUGAUUGAACCAAUAAAUAUUAAUGGAAUAAAUAUGUGCUUGGCCGGUAUUAAACAAGUACGUUUAAAACCGGCUAGAGGCCUGGAUGCAGAUAAUGACCCGAGUCAUAUAUGACUCGAGUCAUUAUCUGCCGCGGCCAUUACCGGCCAAGCACAUAAUUAUUUCCAUUCAUACCCUUUCGGUCACAAUUUUGCUCAACAAAUUGUACUUCAGGUUUUGUGAAACAUCCCUCUAGCUACAUUGUAUGUUUAUGGUAUGUGCCUUGCGUGAGUAGUACAAAACAUCUUAUAUGGAGAUUGGCGCGCUUGUGGCGCACACUGCCCAAUGUGGCGCAAAAAGCAGCAGUGCUGGUGUAGUGUGAAGUUAGGACUCUAUGAAAUACGGACUCAUUGGUAUUCUGUGCAUGCCUAGUGAUGAUAAUUAGGAGAGUGACUGGUCACGUGUGGGCAAAAGGGACCAGAUUUCAUAGGAGUCCAAAUUUCGGGAGACACCAGAAAAAUGUUUAAAUAUCAGUCCAUCUUUUAUUAACCGUUUAAAACCACCAACGUAACAUGUUCUUGACCAAUAGGAAUGGGUAAACUGUAUUUAUGAAUAUUCAAUAUUCCACUGCAGUUGGUUCCCUUUCAGCAUCUGUGCCAAUGACAAUAAUUUGAAAGAUGUAAAGUGCAUAGCUUUGUUGUGAAUAUCUAACCAGUGUGGUACACUGUGUAGUGUACAUCAAGGGUAGGCACUGUGAAAAUACUGAUCUAAAAUGUUCAAAGAUUAUGUGAUACUAAAGUGACUUAACCUUAAAUCAAUUAUUCACAAUAACUUCUAUUAGCUCUUUUUCUGGUUAUUGUGCAUUCACUCUGCAUGUCAUUCACAAUUUUGGACUUGCAAACAAAGUGAUACAACCUGCAGAAAUACACUACAUGAUGGAAAUCUGCAUAUUUAUGUUUUGAAUCUAAAAAACCUAAAUAAGCUUUAAAAUAUUGUCAGCCACCUAAAAAAAGCCGUUAAAGAAUCUUUUUUUUUUCAAAAUGGCUCUGAUGCUGGAGUUGACGUGGAGUGCCUUGGCCUUGUGGUCUGGGGCAUUGAAUUGGUGGUCUGCGGGUAAUUCUGCAGGUUGUGGGUUCGAGUCCAGCCUGCGGCUAUGAUGUGUGUGCUCUUGGGCAAGGCACUUUGUCACACUCAUUGCUUCUCCCCGCCCAGGAGUAUAAAUUGGGUACUUGUGAGGGCAAAUAUGGCAGCAUCGAGCUGUUUACUCCCAGGGAGCUGAGAGUGUCUUUAUAUUGUUUCAUUGGCCCAAUGAGCAGGGUAAUAAUGAUGUAGCGCCUUGAGCACCAAUAUUGGUGGAUACUUGCACUUAAUAAAAAAUACACAUUAUUCCCCAUCAUCAAUUGAAAGGACAAAAUGUGAAUAUCCACCAUGCAAAGAGUUCUCACAGAUUACAUCAUUUUCACGAUGCUGAAAGUGCUAUUCUCAAGUAUUAAAUGUUUUUGGUUCAAAUCUACAACACAUGCAGUUUUUGCAGUUCGUCAUGUUUAUGAACAAAAAAAAGAUUAUUCAAAUUUUCUAUUCCAAAUCAAUCUUGAUGCAAUAAAUGUAGUUGAUAUAAUUAUACUUAUUCAGCGCUAAUUAGAUUACUUAUAUGUGAUAAUAAUGUUUCCCAUGGAAGCAUUUUGUGUGUUAAUGGUAUACGAUACCUUUUAAAACUCAAAGAAACAAGUCGGACACGACAUUGUAAUGAAAAUAAUAAAUAUUUUAUUACUUCAAACAACUUAA